GAUCAAUAUACAACCAGCUUGCAUAGGAAGAAGAGGCCGGUGGAGUGAGCGACAAGAGAAGCACAAGGGUGGCCAAAGAUGACCACUGAAGUAAGUUUUAUUUGGUAACCCUCAGUUUUCCCCUCCUCCAAACGACCAACUUCUUUCUGUGACACCACUACCUACGUACCUCACCCCCAAAUUUUCAACACAUCGUUCCGGGGCAUUCCCUCUUUUCUCUUUUACGGGUUUCGCACUUUCAACGCAGCCGAUUUCCCAGGGAACUGUCCUCGAAGCGCAAUUGUCGGUCUUAACGCACACGGGAAUUUUGAACCCAAUCUGGAAAUCCCGGCACUGACUCACUCCGACAGGAACCUACGAUCCAAAGGCGGGCGUCGCGCAAGUCGGUUGCAUUUACGGAAGAGAAACUAGUAGUGGACGCCGACGGCAGCGUGACCAUGAUCGCGACACCAAACGACGACACCAAAGACACAGCCAUGUCGCACACACCCCGUACGCCGCCUCUUUCCGCCGCACUGGGGGCGUUUACUGAUGCCUCUUCAGCACCCGCCGACGCCGCUGCCCCGGCUGCCGACGCCAACCCGGAUGGCCUCGACCUCUCGCUCAUGAAGAAGAAGAAGAAGAAGGUCAAGAAGGACGACGACGAGGGGGCCGAUAGCGGUGCUGUUGCCGGCGACGAGGAGGCGAUCGACCUGUCGAUGAAGAAGAAGAAGAAGAAGAAGGCGCCUAAGGAGGAGGACGAGUUUGCCAAGAAGCUCGAGGCGCUGAACCUCGAGGGUGGCGAGGGCGCCGAGGCCCCCGCCGACGAGGGUGUGCAGGACGGCGAUAUGGACAAGGGUACCGGUAUCUGGGGGCACAACGAGUCGCGGACUAUUAACUACGACCCGCUACUCUCCCGCUUCUUCGCCCUGCUGGCGCAGAAGAAUCCCGACCACGCUUCGACCGGCACCCGCUCUUACAAGAUCCCGCCGCCGCAGUGUCUCCGCGAAGGAAACAAGAAGACCAUCUUCGCGAACCUGCCGGAGAUCUGCAAGCGCAUGAAGAGAGCGGACGAGCACGUCACCGCCUACCUCUUCGCCGAAUUGGGUACUAGCGGCAGUGUGGAUGGCAGCAGGCGGCUGGUCAUCAAGGGCAGGUUCCAACAGAAGCAGAUUGAGAACGUCCUGCGCACGUACAUUAUAGAAUAUGUGACGUGCAAGACAUGCCGGUCCCCUAACACGGAACUGUCCAAAGGCGAGAACCGUCUUUAGUAUGUACCCCUCGCCCAUAUUACCCGGUGAUUAUUGUCUAACUCGGAUC